GGCCCGUUUUGGAUGAUUCUUUGCCUUGCCUAUGAUAUACCUGUUUGACCCUUGCUUGUUUUCUGACCACGCCUUUGUAAUAAAGGCGUGGUCAGAAACGUCUUGUCUCGUUGGCUCCGUUACAGAAUACUCGGCCACACAAGGAUCCAGCGGCUUUUUAAGUGGACAUUUGCCAGGUAUGGACGCAGCGAUCCUGUUGCUAGCCUUCAAGCAGGGCACACGAUCACUUGAGGGUUGCAUUACGGAAUAUUUGGCUUUGGCUAAUGGCUCAGAAUUACCGGACGCUUUCACUGUGGGUGUUGCGGAGGAACGCGACACCGCACUCACUUGUUGGAUGGCAGCCACACUGGAGCAGACUCACAAAGUGGCGGCGACAGCGGAGCUCCUUUUGCAAAAUGCAACAACACCCCGUCAUGUCAUUGCGGUCAGUCAUGAGCCAAGUCAAGUCACAGUUGAUGUUAAAGAGCCAAGUCAAGUUAUGAUUGAUCUUUGUGAAUCCAGUCAAGCUGCCGUUGAUCUUCACGAGUCAAACCAAGUCGCAGCUGAUCUUCACGAGUUAAGCCCAGUCAGAGUUGAUCUUCACGUGUCGAGUCACGUCACGUCUCAGCUGAUCGUCCAGAGUCACGUCACGUCUCAGCUGAUCGUCCGGAGUCUUGUGACGUCCCUUCCAUCACACCCAGAUAUUCAAGGUCCCAGUCCCUGCUGUGGGUUCCUGAUCCGUUGUGGUGCUCUCCUGAUCUGCCGUGGGGGUCUUCUGCCCUGUCUGCUCCGAACUGGUGGGCUUCUGCUCUGUCUGCUCCGCCAUGGAGGUCAGCUGUCUCGCUCUGGUGGUCUUCUGCUCCACCGUGCCAGUCCUCUGCUUCAUCUGCUCAGGCCUGGUGGUCAUCUGCUCCACCCUGGCUUCCUGUUCUGCCUUGGUGCUUGGCUCUACCUCAGUCCUCGGUCUUUCCACUUCCAUGUGGACCUGGCCCUCCGUCCCUCCCCCUGUUCCGCCUCCGCUCCACCACCCUCCUGGAUAGUAUAGGUGUGUUCGACUUCAUGUGGCGCCACACAGACCUAUCGGCGAGAAUAGCCGCUUGCAGUCGGGGGCGGAAUAGAAAGCGGAGACGUGAAGUCGGACUCUUUCUGCUCCCGGUAGUGAUGCUCUCGAGGUGUUUGGAUACUCUUAUCACAGAUGAAGUGAAUAAAAUGCAAUAUUUGUCAAAUGCACGGACGUUUCAGAAAUGUUUUCAUGAGUAACAGAAACACUUUUUAUAUACUGCUUAAUACAGGGCCAUCUGUUCAAGAAUAAAGUUCAACAUAAACAUGUGCUAUUUAAAUACCAAUAAGCCUUUAUCAGUGUUUUUUUAUUAUGAAAUGUGACUCAUUAUAACAUUGUGACUAUACAGUAAAAAAAGCUUUUACUGUUCUAAAAACAGAUUUGUGGGCAAUAUUUUUUUUAUUAUUAUGCAGAAAUUAUACAAAGGUUUGUACAAGCAUAUACAACUCACAACAAGUACAAAAACAAAUAAACAUUCAUAAGAAUAUGCAAAGUGAAACAAUUCAUGCCAGGGGUAAAAUUACAACAAUUUAAAGUAACAAAAAGCUUCAUAGGUCUUUCUUGCUUUUUUGUUCUUAAUUUUAUUUAAUGUAGUAGUACCAUUUGUUUAAUCUCUUUUUAUAAAAUGUUCAAAGUUUGGCUUAGCUUCCAUUUUUUUCACACGAUUGUAAUGUUUUCCUAGUAAAAUAAUAUUUGUGAGCUGUAUUAGAAUUGAAGAUGUUAGAAACACACGUCAUUGUUGUCAUGUGGUGAAUUUGGCCAAUCGUGAAACAGCUGUGUGGUCAUCAGCGCUCCCGCAGUCGCUCUGGAGAAACUGUGCCGGCUGAGUCAGCCGGCUGCUCUCAAAACGCUGUCGUGGUACUUUGAUGCCACAUGUGAUGGUGACGUGGCGUCGGCGCCGGUUCAAGUCGGACAAAUUUUCUAACCGGCAUGCACUUCAAGUCAGCCGCCGAUCGGUUUUCAUGGCGCCGCAUGAAGUCAAACACACCUUAUGGCUCUAGGAGCAUCUGGAAGCCGCUCCUUUUGGGGGGGCUCUAUCACGAAUCCGGUCUGUGAACUUCCAUUCACUCACCACCAGAGGUCACUCACUCACCACAGUUACUCUUGCACUACACUAACUGUUUUGCACGUCACCUCCGGACUACAGUUCCCAUCAUCCAUUGCACUGACGACACGCACAUAGCUCAUUGCACUGAUCACACACAGCUGAUUCCCAUUUGCACACCUUACUUAAGCCAUGGACCUUCUCUCCCUCACUGUUGAGUAUUGUAUGCACUUGCACUAUCGCUGCCCUAGCUUUAGCUACUCUACAGAGCCUCUGUUAGUUUUCCAAGUCUUGCCUUGCCUGUUUCGGAUUGUGUUUCCCCCUGCCUGGACUAUUGCUUACGUUUGGAUUUACCUCUCUUGUCUAGCCCCUUUGGAUAUUGUUUGCUGUCGACUGACUCAGGCCCGUUUUGGAUGACUCUUUGCCUUGCCUAUGAUAUACCUGUUUGCCACUGUUUGACCCUUGCUUGUUUUCUGACCACGCCUUUGUAAUAAAGCUCGCACAUGGAUCCGCAUGUCUCUCGUCUCGUUGGCUCAGUUACAGCUUGCUUCAGUCCCAUCACGGACUGUGAUCCUGGUUAAAGUGGGCUUGAAGAACACAAGUGUAUGCAAAACUUAUGAUUAUCUGAUGGGACAAAUAUUGUGUGGUUAAAAAAUGCAAGUAAAGUGUUUUGUUUACAAGUUUUGAUUUUUAAAUUCAUAUAAAUUUUUAAAUGUUCUUCUAAACUUCUAAUUGAUUAAAAAGCAGUUGCAAACAUUUUACUUUGAAAAGUUUUUCUUGACAUUGCAUGAAAGAAUGAAGUGAUGCGCAUUAGCCCCAAAUACACACUAAAGCGCUACUAGAGAAAGUGUGGGUUUAGUGCACAUUAUUUCCAGGCCUGGGUCAUUCUUACAUACUUCCUGUGGUCAAGUCUGCAAAUGUGGGUAUUGGGACAGACCCCAGUUCUGCAGAAGUGACCUGAAAGUGCAGCUCUCAUAUUACCUUCUAGUUGGAUUUCUGAUACUACAUGCUCUGUGUGAGAAUGAGUACUAGUCAGUCAAACUAUUUUUCCAACCCACAGUAUUCAUUCAGUUACAGCAACCAGGACCGCUGAACUCCAGGUAAUACUUCAGCAAAAGUAUAAUAAUAAUAGUCUUAUAAUUAUUGUUGUACAUGACUGUAUAGCCACACAUCUCAUUAAACCCCAAGCUGACCUCACUGAUGACCGCAUCUUAUGAUUUUUCUCCAGUGAUGUCCACUAGUAAGUGGGGAGCAGGAGUGAUUCUAAACGAUAAACGUCCGUCAUUGCACUCAUUCGCUGUGUGUUUUAAUCAGUUAACCCGUUUCACAGGUAAAGAAUACAAAAGGUAAUAAGAAAAGUAUCAUUAUACAAUGUACACUAUUGCAUCUCUCUGUUUUAGUAUAAAUAUCCCUCAAUUUUAAGAAUGCAGU